UCAGUGUGUGACGCGGCCAAGUCUCUCGCGCCACGUGACGUGGAAGGUCUCUCUCGCGAUCAGGCGGAGCUGCUGCGGAUGUCGUUGUUUUGGCUGAGAGAGCGACAGAGUGAGAUAGUGAGAGUGAGAGAGAGAGACGCUUGUCACCGAACAUCUCUGGGUGCCUCGGACGUUUUCGUGCUGGUCGCCGUCCCCAUCCAUUGCCGAAGAGGCACUGCGAGUCUCUCCCGGGGAGAGCAUCGCACAGAGAUCCGCUGAUGGAGGACUUUGAUGAAAUCUACGAGGAGGAAGAGGACGAGGACAGGGCCGCGGAAGAGCAACUGCUUAAGUACACUCCGGACCCAGUUGUGGUGCGCGGAUCCGGCCACGUCACUGUGUUUGGACUGAGCAACAAGUUUGAGUCAGAGUUUCCUUCCUCGCUCACAGGAAAGGUAAGUGGUGAUUAUUCACCUGACAUUGUGGUGGCUGUACAGCUUACGCGGCGGUCUGUGGAGAAGUUGCUAGAGUGGGAGAAUAAUAGACUAUACCACAAGCUCUGCCUGCACUGGAGACUGAACACGCGGAAAUGUGAAACCAAUAACAUGAUGGAAUAUGUCAUCCUGAUAGAGUUCCUACCCAAGAGCCCGAUAUUCCGGCCGGACUAGCCCCACCAGUCAGUCUGCAGGGUGUCCUCCCGCAUGGUGCCUUACUCUGGGACUGUCUCCGUGUGGAGCUGAACACUACAGACAGGGCCUACUGAGGGCCUCUCAGAGACGGCUGUCCGUUCAUCCUGUGGAGCAUGGCCUUCUUACUGCGCUGGUCACAGACUCCUCUGUUUAAGAUCCCUGCAGGACAUUUGCAGGCUCACUGCAUCUCUGCAGAGGCAGGAGAGAACCUGGGUCAGCUGUCUGUCUGCUGUCUGUCUCUAAGGGCACGUGGACAUUGAUGGGGAUAUUUGUGCAUUCUGUGUGUGUGUGUAUGUGUGUGUGAGAGAGUGUAGCUGAAGAGAAGCUCAGUGGCAUAAUGAUAUUAUGCACAUGGGCUUUGGACUCCUGACUGGGUUCUCCGUGUGAAGGUUCUACUCUGCUGGGUUCCGCUUGUGAAAGUUCUACUCAGCUAGAAUCUCCUUGUGAAGGUUCUACUCAACUGGAUUCUCCUAAUGGGGGUUCUACUCAGCUGGGUUCUCUUCGUGAGGGUUCUGCUCAGUAAUCUUCACGUCUGCAGGACUUCAGAGACGCCAGUCUGGGAGGCCAGGCGAAGUACUGUGUGAAAACAGACUGCAUUAUGGGACAUCUAUUCUGUUUGUUGUCAGUAGGUUACUGUAUGUGCAUUAUUGACUUACUAAUUUUAUUAAAAUAAUUUGUCUCUAAGUCAACAA